AUGGCCUCCUUCGUCUCCGCCUCGUCAGCCACCUCCACCACAGCCGCCAUCACCCUCCUCCGCUCCGCCCCGUCCGCCUCAAUCUUUGGCCCGUGGGCGGCCCAGGUCAGGCGCUCGCUGCUCGCGCCCCCUCUGCGCGCGGCCGCGGCGGCGAAUGGGUCGACGGUCAAGAUGAUGGAGAGCAAGGUCAAGAGCAAGAAGAACAAGAAGGGCGCCGGAGGAGGCGGCCUCCCCGCCGCCAUCGACCUCGAGAUCCGGGAGGCCGAGGAGUACCUCGCCACCGACGUGCAGGAACCUACACCAGAUGACUUUCCCUUUGAAAUCGUUGACGAAGAAGGGAUGAGCGUGGUUGUUCUUAAAAAGGACUACAAGGAUGAGAAGAUCGAGGUCAUUGUCAGCAUGCCUAACAUGGACGCGGAGCCUGAGUUUGAUGAAGAUGAUGAUGAGGAUGCUGCCAAGGACGAUGACGACGAAGAUGAGGGCUCCGAAGACAGUAGCCUCUCCAUGAAGGUGGUAGUCUCCAAGGGAACUGGCCCGAAACUCGAGUUCACCUGCACUGCCUUCCGUGAGGAGAUAACCAUCGACGAGAUGCUGAUAUCAGAGGAAGCCGAAUCCGAUGCAGAGAAGUUCCCCUUCGAGGGCCCUGAAUUCACCGAGCUUCCUCCGAAUGUGCAGAAGGGCCUGUUCAAGUUCCUGGAGCUACGUGGGGUGACCCUGAAGACCACCAACUUCAUGCACGAUUACAUGGUGACCAAGCAGACCAAGGAGUACGUCCGGUGGAUGACCAAGCUCAAGGACUUGGUCCGGCAAUGAGAUCAAAGAGAUGGCUUUGCCGUGUUGCUCGACAACAUUUUUUUGGUAGCUUAGCCUUUUAAGCACGCGUAGCAGGAGCACUGAGAACUUUGCGAAGCUAUUACUGUACUAUGCCGCGUAUCUAUCUGUAGUUCUGUAUCGGUCCUGUGUCAGUUCUUGGUCAGUUCCUCUUGUGUUUCCUGGAACUGGGCUCCGAAAAUCUUGUAGCAUGCGAGAUUACCACCUGUGUAACAAGACUCUUGCUUAGUUUAGUGAUGCUAAUAGCUGUUGUUAUCCCUUU